AUGAAUAAACCGGCUUUGUAUCAUAAAGCUCAUGGAGAUCUUAAACGCGAUGUUGGACAACUGAUUGCCAAAUUUUCCACAAAAUUACAAUGGCGCCCAAAUGGCGGUGAUACAGUUAUAGAUAUUGGUACCGGUCCUGGUGAUGUUUCCAUGAAAUAUAUUUACCCCAUAAUACCGAAAAAUGUUGGACGCAUGGUAUUUAGUGAUAUUUCCCUACUGAUGUUGGAAUUUUUCAAAACACAUUAUCAAAUUCCGGAUAAAUGUGAUUUGAAGCUGUUGGAUAUUGAAACGAAACAGCCGUUACCCAGUGAUAUGGAAGGGAAAUUUGAUCAUUUAAUAUCGAGUUUGGUACUGCAUUGGGUACCCGAUAAUAGAACUGCCUUGGGCAAUAUGUACAAACUUCUGCGUCCCGAGGGUGGCGACUGCAUUUUGGUCUUCUUUUCCUACAACAGUGUCUUCCAGGCCAAUUACAUGAUGAGUUUGAAUCCCAAAUGGUCUCAAUAUAUUACCGAUGUUAAUCAGUUUAUUGCCCCAUUGCAAUUUAGCAAAAAUCCCACCACUGAAUUUCGUGAUAUGAUGGAAGAUGCUGGAUUCUCAAACAUUUCUAUGGAUACUAAGAAGACCUAUUAUCGCUAUAAGGAUAUGGAGGAAUUUAAGGAAAGUCUAAUACCUGUCUGUGGAUUUUUUGAUUUUAUACCGAAAUCUCGUCAAACUGAAUUUUUGGACGAUUAUGUGAAGGCCUUUGAAGAAGUUGCUAAGGAAAGUCGUAAUUUAUCUCCUGAAGAAUCAAAGUGUGUGGUGGUGGCCGAUAUCAUUGUGGCAUAUGGACAAAAAUUACCCACUCAAAUUUCAUUAAAUUAA